AUGUUCAUCGAAAAGGUAAACACGGUAACUGGAGCGCGAGAAUGGACAGUCGCCGACGAGGAUUACGACCUAGCUCAAGAGAUUUCAUGCAGCCGUUUCGGUGAUAUGAUUCUCGACUACGAUCGAAAUGAGAAAUUCUUGCUUGGCCUUCGAUCAGUGAUUCGAAAGCUAAAGGCACAAGACACAGCUGUGCAUGUCUUGGAUAUUGGCACGGGAACAGGUCUACUUUCGCUGAUUGCCAUGAAUGAAGGCGCAGACAAAGUGACAGCGAUUGAGGUUUUCACACCAAUGGCCAGAUGUGCUAAGAAAAUCGUUAAAAAUAGCGUUUGGAAGGAUAAAAUCCAAAUAAUUGCCGAACGUUCUACAGAUCUCGAGCAUCUCGACGAUAAACCGAAUGUGAUUGUGGCGGAGGUGUUUGACACUGAAUUGAUCGGCGAGGGAGCAUUGCGUACUUUCAAAGAAGCUCUUCAAAAACUUACAAAGCCAAAUACUCGCGUGGUUCCUUCUCGAGCCAAAGUUUUUAUUCUACCGUUGGAGAGCUCGGUUUUGGAUGAGUUCACAAAAGUCCCAGUUCUACCUAGUCACCCUUCUGGUUCUCCCUUACCCACUUGUCCUGGCACAGCUUCCGUCUUUGAUUGUCAAGUUUCACAGCUUGGAAAAGGCCAAUUUCGAGCACUUUCAUCACCCACUCUAGCUUUUGAAUUUGAUUUUGAAGAUGCUUCGAAGAUUCAUUACGAUGAAAGUCAUCGAAUCGAGAUUCCAGUGAAGUCGACUGGGCGUGUUGACGCGAUUGUGAUGUGGUGGGAAUUGGAUAUGGAUGGAACAGGGGAACAUAUUAUUGAUAUGGCUCCAAAAUGGAUGAAUAACGAUUAUCAAUGGCGAGAUCAUUGGAUGCAAGCGGUUUAUUAUCUUCCAAAUGAAUGCCACGUGAGAGCUGGACAAUCAUUGAACCUUCAAGGCUCUCAUGAUGAAUUCAGCUUUUGGUUUGAGGAAAUCUCCGACUCGCAAUCCAAUCAGAACUUCUCUCGUCCAUAUUGUCGAUGUCUUCUCCACUCAAUGCUUUCUAAACAUUCAGUUUUCCGGAUAAACAGUGUAAUGCAAGAUCGAAAAGUUGACGAAUGGUUACACAAGACAUGUUCGAAUCAAAUUGUUGCCUGUGUUGGUGAAGGGUCUUUACUUGGAGUCCAAGCUGCUAAACAUGCACAAAAAGUUUUCAUUGUCGAGAAAAAUGAGCAUUUCAGGUUGAUAAUGUCACAAUAUAAACGACACUACGAAUUGGAGAAUAUCGAAAUCCUGGAUGAUCUUGAAUCAAUCAAAGAAUCGCCUUCUCUAUUAAUUUCGGAGCCAUUCUAUUUAUCUUCAUGGGCACCCUGGGAUAAUCUCCACUUUUGGUUCGAUACAUUGCAUGCUCGAUCAUUAUGGCCAAACAUUCAGAUAUCUCCACCGAAAGGGCGAUUGAUGGCGGUUUGUAUGCAUUUCGACGAUUUGUGGAAAAUUGCGAGUCCGGUCGGAGUGGUGAAUGACUUCGAUUUGUCGGCUUUUGACGAAAUAUCACAAAAAGCUCGAGAAGCAACAGAAGCGGUGAUCGAUUCACAGCCACUCUGGGAAUAUUCUGGGUCGAUCCUCUCUCAAAUCCAUAAGAUUGCCGAUUUUGAUCUCACUCGAGAACCGACAAACUUUCAAACCGAUUUGAAUAUACCACUCAAAAGUGGAACAAAUGGUAUCGCUUUCUGGAUGGAAUGGGAGCUCAAUGAUAAAACUUGGUUUAGCACCGGUUUGCGUAAAAGUGCUGAUGAAGGUGAAUCCGUGUGGUGGAAAGGGGUCAAACAAGGGGUUUACUUUGUUCCAAAAUCACUUCAAACUCAAGAAAACUUAUCCUUUUCAAUGCAUUUUCUUGCUGAGAAAUGUGAAUUUGUUUUUCAACUUUGU